UUCUCAAUUCUCAUUUCUGUGUUGUGUGUGUGUGUGUGUGUGAGAGAGAGAGAGAGAUGGGUUUGGUGGGGAUAAGGGUUAGAUGGUGGUGUCUCUUCUUUGCUAUGGUGAUCAUUACUACUACUGCUGCUGCUGCUCGGAACUCCAUUUUGCUUUCAGAGAAGGCGGAGGAAACAGUGGUGGUGGGGAUGGAGAUGGAGGAGGAGGCUCAUGAGGUUCAUGGGAGGUUUCUGAAGGUGAGGCUAAAUGACUACAAUGAUCCAUCAGCAAACCAUGGGCACGACCCAAAGAACAGAGGCGGGGGUAGCGGUCACAGGGGGGGCGGCCGUGGCAGCAACGACACUACUCCAUGAUAUGUAAUACCUUUUGUUACUGCUCCAUUUCAUAUGUUUUUGCUAAUUUAACCUUAAUUGGAUAAAAACGCAUACUCACUUGCGUCUAGAGAGA